AUGCCUCAUGGCUUCCUAUUCAUCUUCCUAUUCUCUUCCAUUAUAUCUACCAAUAUUAUUCAUGCAUGCAACCAAACCGAAAGCAGCUCUCUCCUGUCCUUCAUCCUCAGUCUGUCUUCUCCUCCUUUAAAUUGGACUUCCCUUGAUUGUUGCCAUUGGGAGGGCAUUAGUUGUAGUCACAAUGGUUGGGUCACCGAUGUGGACUUACCCUCCAAAGGACUCAAAGGAGGUAACUUUUCCUUGUCACUUGGAAAUCUCACACAUCUCAGGUACCUGAAUCUAUCCCACAACUCACUUUACGGUUCACUAGAUCAAUCCGCAUUCUUCUUGUCCUUGAAUAAUCUUGAGAUCCUUGAUUUGAGCUAUAACCUUCUAUCCGGAGAGCUACCAGAUUCUCUACCAUCCAGAAAUAUGAUCCGGAUGGUUGAUUUGUCCAGCAAUCACUUCUAUGGUGUAAUUCCAUCUUCGUUUUUCCAAGAAGCUAGGAAUUUGACUAGUUUCAGCGUCAGCAACAACACCUUCUCAGGUUCUAUCCCAUCCACCAUUUGUCUUCAUUCUUCUCCCUUGAUUAAGCUAUUGGAUUUUUCACUCAAUAAAUUCAGUGGCAAUAUAUCACCUGGACUAGGGCAGUGUCUCCAACUGCAGGUUUUUCAUGCUGGUUACAACAACCUCUCAGGAUUACUUCCAGAAGAUAUAUAUAAUGCUACCACACUUGAACAAAUUGCAUUACCUGCUAAUUCACUUUAUGGAGCCAUUAGUAAUAGAAUUGUGAACCUCACCAUUCUCACUAUCCUUGAUCUCAACUCUAACAGUUUUAGUGGCAUGCUUCCUGCUAAUAUUGGGAAGCUCUCCAAUUUGAAACUGAUGCUCCUUUAUGCCAACAAACUAGAAGGUUUGCUGCCGUCAUCAUUGAUGAAUUGUACAAAACUUAUAGAGUUGAGUCUGCGAUUCAACAACUUUGAAGGAGAUAUCUCUGCUAUUAAUUUCUCCAGGUUUAGUCAACUUAGUAAACUUGAUCUAAUGAAUAACAACUUCACUGGUAUGUUGCCAACAAGCCUUUACUCAUGCAAGUCACUUAAAGCAAUUCGACUGAGCAUUAACCAUCUCAAGGGACAAAUACAACCUGAGAUCCUUUCACUAAAAUAUCUGUCCUUCCUCUCGCUUGGUUUUAACUCACUGACCAAUGUAACAGGGGCAAUGAAAAUACUGAUGCGAUGCGAAAGUCUCGUAUUCCUGUCAUUGACAUCUAGUUUUGUAGGUGAGGAUAUGCCCUCUGACGAGGGCAUAGUUGAAUUUGAUGGAUUCCAAAAGCUUCGACUUUUGGAUUUAAGUCAUUGUGAGUUCUCUGGACAAAUACCGGUAUGGUUAUCUAAACUAAAGAAGCUAGAGUUCUUGAAUCUGUUUCAUAACAGAAUCACAGGGUCAAUUCCUAGUUGGUUGGGAACUCUUCCAAGGCUCUUGUAUUUAGACUUGUCAUUCAACCAAAUUUCAGGUGAAUUUCCAAAGGAACUUUGCAGACUUCCAAUGUUGGCAUCGGAACAAACUGCAGCUCAACUAGAUCGGGGAUAUCUUGAAUUGCCUAUGUUCGCCUCAAUACCCCUGAUUCUAGCCAAAGAUACAAAUUACAACUUUUUGUCUUAUGCACAUGCUUUGCAGUACAAUUAUUUGUCUCACCUUGCACCGUCCAUAUUCCUAUACAACAAUAGCAUCAGUGGCAGCAUACCUACCGAGAUAGGCCGAUUGCAACUUCUCCAUGUGUUGUAUCUUGGUGUCAACAACUUCUCUGGCAGCAUUCCGGACCAAAUAUCCAACUUAAAAAACUUGGAGAUAUUGGACGUCUCUGUGAAUCAUUUGUCUGGAAAACUCCCAGUGUCAUUGGCAAGCCUCAAUUUCUUGAAAUCUUUUAAUGUCUCAUACAAUAAUCUGGAAGGACCAAUACCAAGAAGCACUCAGCUCCAGAGCUUUAACGCCUCUGUAUUUGAGGGAAAUCCUAAACUUUGUGGUGCCCCACUUCCAAAUGAGUGCAGAUCAAUUAAUGGCGUUGGCGGAGAUAAUAAGAACCAUCAAGAUGAGGAUCAGAAUGGGCAUCAAAUUCCAUGGUUUUAUAUUUCUGUGUUGCUUGGGUUCAUUAUAGGAUUCUGGGGAGUGUUUGGUCCUUUAAUGGUUAAGAAGACGUAG